ACACGCACAUAUCCCAUACUACAAUUCUCAGGAUGCUCCGACCAGUCGAACCACGUCCCUCACUACCUGCGCACCAUGUCGUGUGAAAGGUGACCCUACCGUCACUUCCGCAAGCUGUGCAGGCCGGGAAUGCGAGUAGCGAUUGGCCGGCGCCUGCCCUGCUUUUCAACGUGCAGGGGAACAGGAAGCGGUAACGGCAAAGCGAGCGCGGCAGGGUGAGGGGCUCCUUACGACUAAUUCUUUUGCCAUGGAAGCCAAAGAAAUUUUGGAAUGUAUCCAGGAAUUCCCCGAACACUAUAAAGUUAUUUUGGAUAGACUCAAUGAACAACGUGAGCAGGACCAGUUUACAGAUAUCACACUGAUUGUUGAUGGUCACCAUUUCAAAGCUCAUAAGGCUGUUCUUGCUGCCUGUAGCCAGUUCUUCUACAAAUUCUUCCAAGAUUUCACUCAGGAGCCCUUGGUGGAGAUUGAAGGUGUAAGUAACAUGGCAUUUCGUCACCUAAUUGAGUUCACCUAUACAGCAAAACUAAUGAUCCAAGGUGAGGAAGAAGCAAAUGAUGUUUGGAAAGCAGCUGAGUAUCUACAGAUGUUAGAAGCUAUCAAAGCACUUGAAAUCAGGAACAAAGAAAAUUCGUCACCCUUAGAAUCAAAACAAAGACAAGGUAAAAAUAAAGCAAGGAAGAGGAAGAUUGCUGAAACGUCUAAUGUUAUCACAGAAACACUGCCAUCUGCAGAAUCAGAGCCUGUUGAAAUUGAGGUUGAGAUUGCUGAAGGGACGAUUGAAGUGGAAGAUGACAGCAUUGAAACACUUGAAGUAGCUUCUGCAGAGCAAUCUAUAAAAUACAUACAUACAACAGGUACAUCAGAUGAAUCUGCUUUGGCUCUUUUGGCAGAUAUCACCAGUAAGUAUCGUCAAGGAGAGACAAAAUGCCAAAUUCAAGAAGAAGAUGGUGCAACUGAUCCCUCAUGCAAACAGGUAGAAGAUAUUGAACUUGUGGAACUUCAGGUGUCGCAUGUGAAGAAUUUAUUCCACUGUGAAAAAUGUAACCGUUCAUUUAAAUUGUUUUACCAUUUUAAGGAACACACGAAAACACACUCUGCUGAGAGUUACAAGUGUGAUAUAUGCAAUAAAAGCUACCUACGAGAGAGUGCUUUGAAACAACACCUCACCUGUCACCACCUUGAUGAAGGUGGUGCUAGCAAGAAGCAAAGACCUGGCAAGAAAAUACAUAUAUGCCAAUACUGUGAUAAGCAGUUUGAUCACUUUGGACAUUUUAAAGAGCACCUCCGAAAGCACACAGGUGAAAAACCAUUUGAAUGUCCAAACUGCCAUGAGCAUUUUGCUAGGAAUAGUACACUCAAAUGUCACCUGACAGCAUGUCAGUCUGGAGCUGGAGCUAAAAAGGGAAGAAAGAAGCUGUACGAAUGUCAGGUUUGUAACAGCGUGUUUAACAGCUGGGAUCAAUUUAAAAAUCAUUUGGUAAUACAUACAGGUGUCAAACCCAACCACUGUACCUUAUGUGAUUUGUGGUUUAUGCAAGGCAGUGAGCUGAGAAGGCAUCUCAAAGACAUGCACAAUAUUUCAGAACAAAUAGUGACAGAAGAGAUUCUUCCAGUGGAAGCUAUGGAAGCUGAACCAGUAACAUCAAUGACUAUAAUAGAACAAGUGGAGCAAGUCCAUGUCCUGCCAGUAAUUCAGGUACAAGUGGAUCCUGCACAGGUAACUGUGGAACAGAUGCACCAGGAUCUCAUACAGGACAAUCAAGUGAAAGGCACACAGAUGGAGGAACUGCAAGAACAGGUGCAAAUUAGUUAUUUAGAAGUUGAACACAUUCAGACUGAACAAGGUGCUGAAGUUCAUGUGGAGCAAUUACAUGUUGGGCGUGUAAAUCGAAUACAGAUGGAAGAAGUACAGGCAGAACUUAUAGAUGGAACAGACCUUGAACAAGUAGAAUAUGAACGUGUUGAUCAAGGAGAGGCAGAAGAAAAUGAAACCAGUCAAGUAGAUGAUGCAGAUAUGGAAUAUCAUGAACAAGCUGAAGACUUAAAAACUCAACAAUUAGUGGACACACAGAAUGAAAAGGUGGAUAACUAGGACAAAUGACCACAUUGUGCAGCUUUAGGAAUGAAGUACCCAAUUAUUUUUGCUAGCUUUUACAUUGGUUUUUGAACCAAUGGUCUGUGGUCACCUUUCCGAUAUGCUGUCCUUAGGAAGCUGGACAAGUGGAGCAAAGUUAGUUUUCCUCAUGUAGAACUAAACUCGUAUGUGAAAAAUAACUUUACCAUUCAUGUAAUGCCAUGGAACAGAAACCACCACAGCUUUGUCAGGAUUUUGAUAAUGAACAGCUUGUAUCAUUUACAUCAUUCCUGGGUAUAUGUAAGAGUAACAUUGCCUCUUCUUGCUAUAGAAGCAAACUCUUGUUAUAGAUUUGCAGGGUGUCUGUGGCAGAAGAAUCAGUAAAAUAUGGUGGGUUCUAAUGUAAGUGGAUAAUCAGGUACCUGUGAAUUUUCUGGGCAGUUUUUUGCUGUUUCCUAACAGCAGUCCCUAACUUUCAGGCUGGGGAAAAAACAUUGUUGCUGGAGGUCUCAAAGCACAAAAAUACUGUGUCUUUUCAACAGGGGUGAAAUUUCCACAAAUCUCCUAGAGUGUUCAACCUAGUUAAAUAAAAGGCAAUGUGGAUAGUGUUAUAUAGCGCUUUAUAUUUUUGCUUUAAAUUGUCAGCUACUGAUUUAGGGGUUUUUUCAUUAAAUUUAGGAGGGGAUGAGGGAGGAAACAUUGCAUGUGGAGGCAGCAGGACACUCUAAAAUGGACACUUUAAAUUAGGAAAAGCUCAGUAGAAUCUGUGGUAAACAUGAGCUGGAAGAAAGCUACCAGCAGACUCUUAUAAAUUGUCAUUUUUGAAAAGGAAUAUUUUUAAACAUAUAGAGAAGGCUUGUCUAUAUGGUAUCAGGUUCCUAACUUCUUUUAAUGAAAUUCUGGCACUUGACACAAAGUCAUUGUACUAAAAGUAAAAACCGUAAGUAUGAAUGCUAAAAUGUGAAUUGAAAAGUAGGACUGCAAAUAUUUUAAUCAGUAUUAGACAACAAAACAAUAGCAUCCAUGAAAUAUUGCAUUAUUUUCUUAAUCCAAUAAAUUAGGAAAAACUGAGUGACUGUCAAUUACAGUGCCAGAUCCCAGUGGCAAGAAUCAAUAUAAUUUUAAUAACUUUACAGUAAUGACCUAUUAAUGUUAAGUUUGUUUAGAAAAUACUUGUCUGGCUCUGUAUUUAAGGAUGCUAAGAACUUCCAAUUCUCAAUUAUUGCCUUGAGAUUAGAAGUGCCUCCCUACUUCUGAAAAACUUUGUUUUCAAAGCUCUAAGUAAAGGGAGGAAUUUUUGCAAGGAUGUUCCCUAAUGCUCUUGGUAUUCCUGUAGAUGUUGCUUAAAAUCAGGCUUUUCUAUUCAGUCUUCUUCAAAUGCAAAAUUAUUUCUUGAGAUUUAUGCUUUUAUUUAGUAUCAUUCAAAAUGAUUCUUGUGUUUCAUCAUAGCUAGCCUUGGAGAAACUGUUGCAAAACAAACAUGAAUCUCAAUUAAAAUUUCAAACAAUUUAAUUAACGUAA